AUGCAGCGAAAUAUUACGACCGUUGAAACUAUUGUUAAAUCCUUACAUUCAAGUGGUAUGAUGGCGCAGUUCACCUCUCAAAAUUUCUACAGUUUUGCUAUAAUAGUUGCUCUUGUCCCAAAUAAAUCAGGACUGGUAAAAACGCUAUUUGGAAAUGGUGCAACGCUGGAAAAUGAUAAUGGGAUGGAGUUGCUUAAAUGUGCUUUUCUUUAUGGAGAAAUGGAUGUGAUGAAAAUGCUAAUUUCUAAUGGAGUUGAUGUAAAUGUAAGAGAACCGACUACUAAUAACACAGUCCUACACCAAGUUUGCCGAAAUUCUGAUGCAUUCACAUAUUUUAAAUCUGUGCACAUCAAAGAAGAAGCAAUAUUGAUACAGCCACUUGAAUGGUUGAUAAGCAAGGGCUUUGAUAUCAAUGUAAGAAACAACUUGGGAUACACGGCGAUUCAUCAAAUUGCAUAUCGAAGAUACAUAAAUGUAGCUAAAAUACUUCUGGAUGCUGGCGCUGAUGUGAAUAUCGCUUCAAAGUACGGAUACACACCUCUACUGAUGGCAUUUGCAAGUUUGGACCCUUAUGGUAAUAGAAUAAAAUGCUUUUAA